ACCCCUCCCCGGCCCGUUUUGUAUAUAAGACAGCACUUUGUCCCAGGAUCCUUAGAGAACUGACGGCAGUGAUCGCGUUACGACCCUCAGCACAUCAACAUGAAAGUGACAUUAGUGGCAGUGGCCAUGUGCCUGAUGCUUGGGGUGGCCAUGGCUCUACCAGCUCCUCUGGCCAGUCCUUUGGCCUUCGCCCAGCCAAUCGCUGUCGCUGAUCCAGGUCGCUUCAACUUUGGAUUCGGUGGUGGCCACUUUGGAGGACAUGGCUAUGGCAGGCCACACUCAUUUGGCCAUGGUCACUAUAAUCCCUAUGGUCAUGGUGGCCACCACCACGGCCAUCAUCAUCAUCACCAUGGUUACUACGGUUAAAAGUCAUCCUCACUCACCAGACAACGACCUCCGCGAUAAUACCUGUUUACAGCUCCUC